CAUUCUUUGAGACAAAAUUUAAUUGAAUACUCUUACACUUGUAGACAUAACAAAGAUGAGGAACAGACAGUAGGGAUAGACUUGUCCAAUUCCUGCUCCUUUAGUAACCUUCAUGACAAAUGGCAGAUGGCCAUACAGGGUGAACAUGAAAAAGAGGCAGAUACAGUGGAAGAACAAAAGCAGCUAGGAAUUAUGGGAGGUGUAGUAGGUCUUGAAGAAGAGUAUCAUAAGGCACUGGCAGAGAAUAUUGUGAAGGAAUUAAAUCAGCCAAAAUUUAGAAAGGAGGCCUCAAUGAGGGGGCGUGCAGCAAGCAGAGACAGUGCCAAGUCAACCAGGAAGCCAUUUGAUUUGGAGAGUAUAAAGUCGACUUCCUCUGUACAUGGUGCCAUAGCUCACAUUCCUGAGAAACUAUCACAUGUUCCCCCAGAGAUGUUCACCGAUGUCCCAGAACGAGUGGUGCAACUUGUUCAAGAAAUGCUCGACCAAAACCGGGAACCAUCUACCUCCAAGAACCAGCCAAAACUCUCCAAAACUUCUUCUUUCAAAAGACAGUCCAGUUCCUCAAAACCUCCCAUUCCAGAACCAUCACUGGACAACUCUUCUGAAGCAGACAAAUCUAACAUAGAAAAGAAAGUUGUGCUGAAUAUAUGGGAUUUCUCGGGACAGUCUGUUUAUUAUACAACCCACCAGGUGUUUUUGUCCUCCCGUGCUGUGUAUGUGAUUGUGUUUAAUUUAUGCCAUGAUUUACAAACCACCAGACCGGAGAACUCUGUUGAAUCCUGGAGCACUAUGGAGUAUAUGGACUACUGGCUUAGGACUAUUUAUAGCCACACCUCCCAGAACAGUACCGAUACUAUCAGUAACAGUAGGAUCUCGCCCCCCAUCUUAGUGGUGGGGACCCACAGAAACAGUCUCUCAGCUGAUGAGGUGGAGCAGAAAAGACUGGUUGAGGAGAAAUUUGAUGAGCUGAGGACCUUUAUGAUGGACAAACCCUACACCAGACAUUUGAUUACACCAUUUAUAGCCAUAGAAAAUGACAUGAAGGAUGGGGAAGACCCUCAGAUUGGAGAGGUAAGGAAAAUGAUAAAAGAGGCAGCUAGUGAAGAACCGUACAUGGGGGAACAAAUGCCAAUCCGCUGGCUCAGGUUUGAACAAGAGAUUGCUAAACUUGUAGCAGAGGACACCACACAUGCUUCCUAUGACCAGGUACCCAAACAAAUGUUAUUGAACACAGUAGUUCUACAAUUUUGGACAACAACUAUUGUGCUGGCAAAGCCCAAAAGUGACAAGUGGAGUUUUAGCAAAGAUAAAUGGAAGACGUUUGAACAGAAAGGAAUUCUGGAUGAUUCAUUGGUGGAUGAUAUCUGGAAGAAGGCGACGAUGCAGAAAACGGUUCUCCUGGGUCUGAUGGAGAAGUUUGAUCUUCUCUGUCCAGCAUACACACAGGCAAAUCAGAGACCCAAGUAUUAUUUUGUGCCAUCAAGGUUGACGAGUGAGAAUGAUUCAGACAAACGUCUGUAUGCCAACAACCCAAGCAAUGCUGUGUUCUACAUUAACUUUGCUGGUUUUCUACCAGUUGGACUGUUUUAUAGAAUUGUUACUAGAACAACAAAAUGGUGUAUAGACAAUUCUGGAAAAGAACCCUACAGCUUGUUGAAAACUCUUGCAAGAUUUUAUUUAGAUGAGGAGCAUGAUUUUGUUAUAGAAAUGGCUCCUGCAAAAUAUCACAGAAUUAAGAUUGUUGUUACCAGGGUCAAUGAUAUGUCUGAAACAAACAAUUCAGAAAAUGCCAAUUUGUCUCCCAAACCAAGUGCUUGUGCCAAAUUAAGAAAUUUUCUAGAGAGCAGUCUUCUAGAGCUGAAGGAGAGCUGGAUGAAGAGAUUGGUCUAUUACACGUGUGUGGAAUGUCCAUGUGGGCGGCCAUGUUACCUCCAUGGUGAUGAUAUCUGCAAGGAGGAAGAGUGUUUACAUUUCUUAAAUUUAGACGAGUGCCUAGCAAACAGGAUUGUUUGUUGUGAGCACAGAAGAGUUAAAACUACAUCCAUUAAGAAGUGGUUUCCCGAAACUUUAUCACCAGUUUUUCAAGGUCACAUCUUGCCAGCCAUUGACCUUGAGGAAUCUUAUGGAAACAUUGAGAAACACAGCCCCGUAUUACCGGUGUGGGUCAAAGGUGCUGCUAAGUUACUGAAUUCUGGGGAAGAAAAUCAGGACUGGCUUGCUCUAGCCAAACAUUUAGGUUACAAGGAGGCUCAGAUAGAGAAGUUGCUGGAGGACCUUAAUCCUGGUCUGGCCUUGUUAACAGACUGGAUCAUCACCAGUGGUAACACUUCUCUCUCUGUGGACAUGCUGAUCACUUACCUAGAGAAGAUGAACAGAGAUGAUGUGCUGGAGAUCAUGGAGAAGGCUAAUGACACAGAUAAGGAUCCACCCCAACUGUUUAUCAGUUAUCAGUGGGACUCCCAGGACGAGGUCAAGGCCCUCAGAGACAAGAUGGAGAGGAGCGGGUUUUCCUGCUGGAUGGACAUUGGUCAGAUGGGAGGUGGAGAUUUUCUCAGUGCCAAAAUUGACCAGGGUAUUCGCAACUGUAAGGUGGUGCUUGCCUGUAUAACGCCAAAAUAUGUGGUAUCCCACCAUUGUAACCGUGAGCUGAGUCUGGCUGAUCUGCUGAAUAAAACCAUUAUACCUAUUAUGUUUGAGGAGGUGCCCUGGCCUCCCCCCGGGGGCAUGUCCCUCAUCUUCUCACAACUUGUUUACAUUAACAUGAAAGGUGUUGGUGGUCAUGGUGGCACAGGUAUCCAUGCCGACCUGAAGGACAAAUACAAGGAGAUUGUCCAGAAACUGAUGAAUUACAUUGUCCCAGACCUGACCAAGUAUUUUGACACUGAGACUCUGAUCAGUAAACAGUUCUCUAAUGACAACAGUAGUUUAUACAGCGAGACGCACUCUUUACCCAUAGUGACGGAAUCCACAGUGACUUAUGGGGGAAUCCCAGAGGGUCGACAACAUAAUGUGAUAAGACAGGACGAGGAUUACUUCCCCCCUCCCCCUCAUUAUCAGGCCAGGGAACAGGUGCCCGUGAACCAGUCCUGUGUGUGUACUAUUUUAUGAUAAAAUGUGUGGACAACGAUCAUAUCCCUCAUUAUUGUGCAAGGAAAUGGGUUACUGUUACCCAGUGUGAACUAUUUUAUGACUGGAUGAGGAUUUUUUCCAACUCUCUUCACCCUCAUUACCAGGCCAAGGAACAAGUUGCUGUAACCCAGUCUUGUGUGUGAACUAUUUUAUGACUGGAUGAGGAUUUUCUCCAACUCCCCCUUCCCCCUCAUUUUCAGGCCAGGGAACAGGAUUUGCUCUCCCUCCCCCUCCCCCUCCUUUCAUUAUCUGGCCAAAGCUCCAGUUAACCAGACUUGUGUGUGUAUUAUAUUAUGAUGAAAUGACAGGUACAUGCAUAACCAUAUAAAUUAUUUUGUUUGAAACAUUAAUUUUGUACAUACUCAUUAAAUAUGCAUAUGUUUGUGAUCUAAAAACAUGUGAAAUGUUUGAAAUGUUUAUUAAACUUAAAUCUAAGGCUGCUCUUUAAGACAGCUCUGAUAAUUGUUUGUAUUUAUUACAAUAAUUGGAUACAAUUUUAAGUAUUUACAAAGAGAGUGAAUUUUCUCUUGAAGCUCAAUAUGUAUGUCGAUUUAUUGUAAACCAACAUUUAUUUAAGUGAUAGAAAUAUUCAUGAGUUUUGGAUACCUUAUACUCACAAAUACUUCUUGUCACAAAUUAUUUAUAUACGUUUUAACUGCUUUUUUUUUCAGAAAAUUUUGUCAUUUAGUGAAAAGUUUGAUUAAAGUGGAUAAAAUAUUACAAAUCUAAAAUUUUGCAGUAUGUUUCCAUUAUCAUUUUAAGAUCUUUUUGCAUGGAUUACUACAUCAGUGUAUCUGCUUAUAAUAUAUGAAUUACAUGUAUUGUACAACCUGUGUAAGGUGUAAAACCAAGAGAAGUAUUGUUAUCUGUGAUAUGAAGUAAUGUUUAGUUAUUGUUAAUACAUUCCAAAAAUGGUUUGUUACAUGUACUCUGCAUGCAUAAAAACAUUGUUUACAUACAUUACAGUAUAUUGCACUUGCUGCACAUGAAGAAAUUUACCAGAUAUAUACAAUAAUUUGAUCUGUUUACCAAUUUUCAGAGAUAUAUUUUUACAGAGGGCAUUUUAUUUUAUAACUUGAAAUAAAUACUGAUCAUUAAUUACUUGUAUUGUUAGGUAUUUCAUAGCACAUUAUUUUAUUUUUUAUUACAGGAAUUAUUUUAACAAAUUAAUUAUGCAGUGACCUUUUUUAUUGUUGACUUUUUCAUACAUUGGAGGUUUUUUUUAGCAUGGUUGUAAAAUAUUUACCUUUUUUAUUAUUUAUAAAAUGCCACUUUCAUACUAGAAUUUUUAUAUUUUCAUUCUUAUUCUCACAAAAUAUUUUAAUGCCUUAUUUUCUUUUUUGCAUACAAGGUUUUAGAGAUCUAGUCUUUAAAGGGACUUCAUAGAUCUGUUUGUUAAAACUUUUUUUUCGUUAUAACCUCCCCUCUCAUAUUUAGGUAAAUUCAUUUAGUUUUAUGUGUGUUUCAUGGAAACAGGUUUAUUGGUAUAUGGGCAUUUUUAUUUUUUGGUACAUGUAUAUGUUAAAUCAAUGGGCAAUUAGCUUAAUUAGUCUUAUAUGAUCAUUAAAUAUCAUUUGCAUUUUUUUUUAAUUUAGAACAUGCUGCAAGGAAAAGAAAUAGUAAAUCACUAUGAAUAUUUGAUUUUAAAGCAUGUUUGUAUAAAAGAAGUAACUACAAUGAAAAAAGAAAUGGCAUAAUAAAGCUCAAUAAAGCAAUGAACUGUCUUUAAAUAAAGAUCAAAUAUCUUACAAAUGUUUUUUACUAUACAACUGUUAAAAAGGUUUCAGUCAAAAGUUUAACUUAUAUUUUUUUGUUUUGUUAUUUAUUUACUUUUUUUCUUUCAGUGUUGAGUAUUUAGCGUGUGCCUUUAGAGAAUCUGAGAUUAUCUGAUGCACCUUUUUAGCUCACUUGAGCUUAAAGUUCAAGUGGGCUUUUCUGAUCACCCAAUAUCUGUCAUCUAUCUGUUCAUCUGCCUGCAAGUUUUCGCAUUUUCAAUUUCUUCUCAAGAAACACUUAGUUUAUUUUAACCAAAAUUGAUACAAAGCAUCCUUGGGAGAUGGGUAAAUCUUCUCAAGAACCACUGGGCCAGUAUACAACAUACAAAGAAGCAAGGUAGUGUACAUUCAAGUUUGUGCAUAUGAUGACCCCCGCAAGGAUAGGGUGGAACCACAAUGGUUGAUCAAAGAUGUAUAGGGUAAUAUAUAGGGAGAGUAUCUGCUGCUGAUGAACAGAAUGGCCAUUUGUGACUCAGGUGAGCUUUGUUACCCAUGGGCCUCUCAUUUUAGUAUACACAUUUCAUUGUUGAUGAAUUGUUUUGGUCUCUGUAGUUAGUUAAAUAACUGUUAUAAAUUGUUUGCAACUCUCAAGACUUUGUUAAAUGAUUUCUACCUAUGAACUGUAUUAUAUAUCCUGGAUUAAAGGAUUCAUAAUAUUU